AUGGAUAAUAGUGAUAGGAAGAGGAGGUUCGCUGAUUUUAUAAAUCCUCCCAAUUUUGAAGAUUUAGUUUGGAAAAGGUCUAAGCAUAUGCAGAAGCUCAGGAAAGAGAGGAAGUAUUCAAACAGACUCAAACUCGUGAAGAAGCAUCUUGAAGGCAUCAAGCAAGUAUCAGAUGUAUUGGCUAAAGAAGUGGAGGAAAACACCAAGGAGAAUGAAGAAAAGAUCAGCCAGAUGAUCUCACAGAGUGACUUUCAGUCAGGAAACAACUUUACAAAUUGCCCAAUCCCUCUUAAAGAGUUCAACAAGGAGCUUGAAAUUGGCAUCCAUGAACUUUGAGAUGUCGCAAAUGAAUACUUGAAGGAAAGAGAGGGCAUUAUCAACAUUUCAAAAGAAGAGAAUACCUACCUUCAUCAUUGCCUUCUAUCCUGCCUCAUUCGCGUCUACGGAGCAAUCACUACAUUUAUGCAGAUGUUUACAGAUUCUUGCUUGGAAACUCCAAUGGUUUCUGCUGAAAACUGAGCUUUAAUUUAUCAGAAAGUGAUUUUCAAGAUAUUUAUCAAAUUCCAGAGCAAUGAAGAAUACAUUGAAUGCCUACCCUUCUGUAUUUUGUAUAUGUGUCUCACUUUGUUGAAGAAGCUGAAUGAUGUAAACCUUCAAAGCAUAAAACAGAUCCUGAAGGAGAAUACAUGGAGCGAGGAGUUAACUAACCAGCUUAGCAUGGUCAACUCAAUGGUCAUGCUUGAUUACCAGUUCUGGAACUUUCAGAAUGAGUCUAUUGCUCACAAGAAAUUAGUUGAAGAUGUAUCAAAAAGCAUCCAUCCUUUGUAUAUUGAAAAAUGGAACUAUCCAUAUCUUGAGCUCAUCAAUCAUCUUUGUAAGGAAUUUCAGCUACCUGAAGACCCAGAUGACCACAACGCUAAAGAGAACUAUGAAAACACACUAAAAUUUUUAACCAAUGUAGUUGAGGUAUACCUCUGUAGAUAUCCUGGAGGCAGUAUUGAUGGGUUUCAGAUCCUCAUAAAGUCCCUAAAUCCUGUUUUCAAGCAAUUUUUGGAAUAUGACUUGAUGAAUCCUAUCGAUAUGAGAAUAUUUGGAAAUGCUCUGAUUAUCAUCAGACUUCUCAUUAAGUUAGUCUCUGAUCCAAGCUCUACCUGCAGAUGUAUCCUAGAUGAAGCAGAAGACCUUGUUGAUGCUCUAAUCUGUGCUUAUAAGAAUGUUGACUGGAUCAAUUUUGAUGAAGAUAAUGAAGAUAUCCCUUCACUUGACAGCAAGAAAGUGACUCUGUAUCUGCUGAGCAGGUUUUGUAAGUACGAGAGCAGAAAUAUACAGAGAGCGAGAAUGUUACUUACAGCAGGGAUUCCUAAAUCUGAAGCAUGGGAACAUGUAAAUAAGGCGAGAGUGAUAGACAGAUUAAGAGAAGAGCAUCUGGCGAUUAAUUUUAAAUCAGAGUCUGGCUUUGUAAUUCUUAAAAGCUUUAUUGCUUCUGCCCAAAUGCACCUAUCUCCUUCCCGCACUUACAUAUUUUCCACAGAGCCCUACAAAUCCUCAGCUGGCACUGACCCAUGGAUCUCUGAAAGCGGGAUUCUGGAAGAAGAGAAUUAUGUACAAGAGGAUGAACUGGAGUAUGAUAGGGUGGUGAAUGGAGGGAUUUCAGUGCAGGGAUUGUGGCAAGGGAUUGUGAAGGCCGUAGGAGGGGAAGAAGAGGAUGGAGGGGAGGAGGAGAUGUAUAGGGUGGUCAUUGAGGUGGUGCAGGUUGUACUGGAGAGGUUGUUGAACAAUGCACCGAAAUUUAUACGCUCGGUUCUUUUGAAAACCUCCUUGAUUAGAACAGCCUUUGACAUUGCUAAAUCUCCAGUCACUGAUAGGAAGCACAGUAACAGACUCAAGACUGACUCCCUCAGGUUCAUAAACAGCAUUCUGAAAUUCUCAGAUUCUGAACAAGACAUACUCGAAAUGAUCGGGGAGAAUGGAAUAGAAGACCUGUACAUCGACCACAAGCUAUGCAACAGUGAGUUCAUCCAAGAACUCAAGUGCCUAGAAUCUUACUUUAAUUAAAACUCAUUCAACC